GCGUCGUGGAGAUCCGGUCGGUGCGCGUGGGCGUCGUGGCCAUCCGAGCGGUGCACAGCGGCUUCUACCUGGCCAUGAACAAGCAGGGAAGGCUCUAUGGGUCGAGGGAGUUUGGCCCCAGCUGCAUGUUCCGGGAGCGCAUCGAGGAGAACGGCUACAACACAUACGCGUCCCUGCGCUGGCGCCACCGCAGCCGCCCCAUGUUCGCGUCGCUCGACGGCCGCGGGGGCCCCCAGCCUGGGCACAGGACGCGCCACGGCCCCCGCUGUCCCCUUGUGCGAUAA